AUGGACUACAGCAUGGAAGAUACUCAGAACUCAGCCCCUCACGCGCACGAAGCCUCGAAGCUGGGGUCAUCUGCCCAGAGGAGUGACACGCAGGGCGUGACCAAGCGCUUGCAGUCCGAACUCAUGCAGCUGAUGAUGUCUCCUUCUCCUGGUAUCUCAGCUUUCCCCGAUGCCGAUGGGAACCUCCUUUCAUGGACCGCUACUAUCAGCGGACCGUCCGAGACGCCCUAUGAGGGUUUGACAUUCAAACUCUCCUUCUCGUUCCCCAACAACUAUCCCUACUCUCCACCUACUGUGCUCUUCAAGACCCCAAUCUACCAUCCGAAUGUCGACUUCUCCGGCCGUAUCUGUCUGGAUAUCCUGAGGGAUAAGUGGAGUGCCGUAUACAAUGUGCAGAACGUCUUGCUGAGUCUCCAGAGUCUUCUUGGGGAGCCCAACAAUGCGAGCCCCUUGAACGCUCAAGCCGCCGAACUUUGGGACACAAACCAGGAGGAAUACAAGCGUCAUGUCCUCGCUAGACACCGUGACAUUGAAGAUAUUGAAUAA